GAGAAGAGGGCAGUAUUGCUCAUCUCUGAUUGUUUACCCUGAUUCACUUGGCAGGAUUUAUUUUAUGUCUUUUCAUGGAGACUGCUGACCAACUUGGAAGAAGGCAACUAGCCAAUGGCUUCUGACUCCAUGGUCCCAGAGCAAGUGGAGCAUCGUGGGGUAAAAGGGAAGAGGCAUCAUCAUCAGGAAAAGGCCUCUUUAAAUAGUGAUGGCGAAGAAGAAACGUUUGUAUUUGAAGCAAAUGAAGCUUGGAAGGAUUUUCACAGCUCUCUCCUUCGCUUCUAUGAAGCCGGGGAACUUUUUGAUGUCACACUGAAGGUUGGGUCAAAGUUGAUUUCCUGUCACAAGCUAGUGCUGGCUUGUGUUAUCCCUUACUUCCGAGCCAUGUUUCUUUCUGAAAUGGCCGAAGCCAAGCAGACGUUAAUUGAGAUCAAAGACUUUGACGGUGAUGCCAUAGAAGAUUUGGUCAAGUUUGUCUAUUCGUCUCGACUGACCCUGACAGUUGACAAUGUCCAGCCCCUCUUAUAUGCUGCUUGCAUUCUCCAGGUGGAGGUAGUGGCCAAAGCUUGCUGUGAGUACAUGAAACUGCACUUCCAUCCUUCAAACUGCCUGGCAGUGCGAGCCUUUGCAGAGAGCCACAACCGCAUUGACCUGAUGGACAUGGCUGAUCGCUAUGCCUACGAACAUUUUGCCGAGGUUGUGGACUGUGAAGACUUUGUGAACGUGUCACCUCAGCAUCUGCAUAAACUGUUGUCCUCCAAUGAUCUCAUCAUUGAGAGCGAAAAACAGGUCUACACUGCUGCUAUCAAAUGGCUUCUCGCCAACCCCCAGCACCACACCAUGUGGUUAGAUGAAAUACUCGCUCAGGUGCGUCUUCCUCUAUUGCCCAUUUGUUUUCUGAUGGGUGUAGUGGCAAAAGAAGAGAUUGUCAAGCAGAACCUAAAAUGUCGGGACUUGCUGGAUGAAGCAAGAAACUACCACCUACACCUGAGCAGUCAUACAGUACCGGAUUUUGAAUACUCCAUCCGAACGACACCAAGGAAGCACACAGCAGGUGUUCUUUUCUGUGUCGGUGGUCGUGGUGGAUCCGGUGACCCAUUUCGCAGCAUUGAAUGUUACUCUAUAAAUAAGAACAGCUGGUUUUUUGGCCCUGAAAUGAACAGUAGGAGAAGGCACGUGGGUGUCAUCUCUGUGGGAGGUAAAGUUUAUGCUGUAGGAGGGCAUGACGGAAAUGAACACCUGGGAAGUAUGGAAGUCUUUGAUCCUCUCACAAACAAGUGGACGAUGAAAGCAUCUAUGAAUACCAAAAGGAGAGGAAUUGCUCUUGCCUCUCUCGGAGGCCCCAUCUAUGCCAUCGGAGGCCUCGAUGACAACACUUGCUUCAGCGAUGUGGAGAGAUACGACAUUGAAUCCGAUCAGUGGAGCGCAGUGACCUCAAUGAACACUCCUCGCGGGGGAGUGGGCUCAGUGGCUCUCAUGAACUAUGUGUAUGCUGUUGGUGGGAAUGAUGGUGUUGCUUCCCUUUCCAGUGUGGAGAAAUAUGAUCCUCAUCUGGACAAAUGGAUAGAAGUGAAAGAAAUGGGUCAGCGGAGAGCUGGCAAUGGGGUCAGUGAACUCCAUGGCUGCUUAUAUGUAGUAGGUGGCUUUGAUGACAAUUCUCCCCUUACCUCUGUUGAACGAUUCGACCCUCGCUGUAACAAGUGGGAGUACGUAGCUGAGCUUACAACUCCUCGGGGUGGAGUUGGCAUAGCAACAUUAAUGGGGAAAAUUUUUGCUGUUGGCGGUCACAAUGGAAAUGCUUAUCUGAAUACAGUGGAAGCCUUUGAUCCGGUGGUGAACAGGUGGGAGCUCGUGGGUUCUGUUUCACACUGCAGAGCUGGAGCGGGCGUAGCGGUGUGCGCUUGCCUCGGCAGCCAGAUCCGUGACGUGGGUCAGGGAUCCAGCAAUGUGGUGGAUUGCAUGUGAA